ACGCAGCGUCAAAUCAUUGUCGACCAUGGCGGAAUGUGUUCGACUUGACAGCAGCACAAGUACUCACACCAUGGAUAAAAGCAUUACUCUGCCGCCCGACGAGAUAUUCCGCAAUCUGGAGAAUGCAAAGCGGUUUGCAAUUGACAUAGGUGGAUCCCUCACGAAGCUGGCCUACUACUCCACUGUGCAACACAAAGUGGCCAAAGUGCGAUCUUUCGACCACUCUGCAAAGGAGGCUUCCAGUGACAAGCUGUACGAAAUAUCAGUGCAGGAGGAAGUCACCGCACGCCUUCACUUUAUCAAAUUUGAAAAUGCCUACAUCGAAACAUGUUUGGACUUCAUCAGAGACCAUCUGGUCAACACUGAAACCAAAGUCAUCAAAGCCACGGGCGGAGGAGCCCACAAGUUUAAAGAACUCAUCGAGCGGAAACUCGGACUCAAAGUGGACAAAGAGGACGAGAUGACCUGCCUCAUAAAGGGCUGCAACUUUGUGCUGAGGAACAUUCCCCAUGAGGCAUUUGUGUACGCGAAGCACGCCGACUCAGAGUUCCGCUUUCAGACGACUCAGCCGGACAUCUUCCCCUACCUGCUCGUAAACAUCGGCUCUGGUGUGUCCAUCGUCAAGGUUGAAUCAGAGGACAAGUUUGAGCGAAUAGGAGGAAGCUCGAUAGGUGGAGGGACGUUUUGGGGCCUUGGAGCUUUACUCACCAAAACAAAGAGAUUUGACGAGUUGCUGCAGUUGGCCUCCAAAGGGCAGCACACCAGUGUGGACAUGCUGGUGAAAGAUAUCUACGGAGGAUCGUACGGGUCUCUGGGCUUGACUGGAGAUCUGAUCGCGAGCAGUUUUGGAAAGUCAGCGACUGCUAACAAAGAGUUCUCUCAAGAAGACAUGGCGAAGAGUUUACUCCACAUGAUCAGUAACGACAUCGGACAGCUGGCCUGUCUGUAUGCCAAGCUGCACAACCUGUCCAGGGUUUACUUUGGAGGCUUCUUCAUCAGAGGACAUCCUGUCACCAUGCACACCAUCACGUACAGCAUCAACUUCUUCACAAAGGGGGAAGUUCAGGCCUUGUUCUUGAGACAUGAAGGUUAUCUGGGAGCCAUUGGAGCUUUUCUUAAAGGAGCAGAGGAGGACAAUCCAAACCAGUACAGCUGGGGGGAGAACUAUGCAGGAAGCUCCGGCCUGAUGAGCGUCUCUCCAGAAAUGAAUCCCAUGCAGCGGGCACGGAGUGGAACGUUCGACAUGUUGGAGAUGGACCGCCUGGAGAGAAAGCUGGUGAAUCUGCCCCUGCUGCAGGACCCUUCAUCGUACAUCCCCGACACUGUGGACCUCAUAGAGGAUGCUCUGGCCCGCGAGUACUGGCUCUACUGCUUUGAAGACGCGCUGGACGGGGUGGUAAAGAGAGCUGUAGCGAGCCAGCCUGACAUGCCGGAGGCCGCCGAGCGAGCCGAGAAGUUCCGUCAAAAAUACCGACACAAACUUCAGACCCUCCGCCAACAGCCUUUUGCUUAUGGAUCCCUCACAGUCAGAAGUCUGUUAGACACGAGGGAACACUGUUUAAACGAGUUCAACUUUCCUGAUCCCUACUCGAAGAUCAAACAGAAAGAGAACGACAUGGCUCUGAAGUACUACCAGAAGGCGGUGAAGUCCCUGGACGAGCUGAGCUGGGAGGAGAGACAGUUCGCCCUCGUCAGGGGCGUCCUGGCCGGGAAUGUGUUUGACUGGGGAGCCAAGGCCGUGUCAGAUGUCCUCGAAUCUGAUCCUGAGUUUGGGUUUGCGCAGGCGAAACAACAGUUGGAAGAGCGGCCGUGGCUCAUCGAUUCCUUUGACCGGUGGUUUGAGAGACUAAAGGGUCCUCCUCAUAGGUGUGCCUUGUUUUUCGUCGAUAACAGUGGAGUAGACAUCAUUCUAGGAGUGAUGCCUUUUGUCAGAGAGCUCCUCUCUCGAGGAACAGAGGUUGUGUUGGCCAGCAACUCCGGUCCGGCUUUAAAUGAUGUCACAAAUGGUGAACUGCAAAUAUUGACUGAAAGAAUCGCUGCCAUGGAUCCAGUGAUUCAGGCGGGUUUGAGUGAGGACAGGCUGACGUUGGUUCAGAGCGGUUCCAGUUCACCCUGCCUGGAUCUGAGCCGUCUGGACAAAGUUCUGGCUAAUGUGGUCCGGGAGCGUAAAACCGACCUGGUGAUCAUCGAGGGAAUGGGCCGAGCCAUCCACACAAACUACUACGCCAUGCUCAGCUGCGAGAGCCUCAAGAUGGCCGUCAUCAAGAACUCGUGGCUCGCCGACCGGUUGGGAGGGAAGCUGUUCAGCGUCGUCUUCAAGUACGAGGUGCCGGAUGGACAACCGAGCCAGGACUCUGCGGCAUCGUGAGCGAUGGUUUGACAAAAAAAAAAAGGAAAAAGGACAGAACGCCAAAGUCGAGCGAGCAGAGCAGAUCAGCUCGAGACCUGAAUGUAAGGAGGACGAUCGUAUACUGCCACUGAGUGAGGGACUGAUUAGCAAAGCUGAUUUUUGAAAUAUAGGAGAGUUUUAAAGGAUUAGCGGGACGGUUUAACUUUUUGUUUUUUAAAGAUUGAUUUCCUUCAGGUUUCUGUCCAUCAUCCUGCACGAUCACUUAGUUUGUUUACAUCGUUUUCAGCUGCUGGAGUUAUCGCACGCGUUAUGUUCGGUAAACUUUUGGAUGCUGAUGAGAAUGUCUGAACUUUAUACUGUUUAGCAUCACUUGUUGACAAGCUUCCAACACGCCUCUAACAUUUCACGGAGCACCACUGAGGCAGAUGAGGGACUGACUGACUGACUGACGUGCGUGCGUGCGUGCGUGCGUGCGUGCGUGCGUGCGUGCGUGCGUGCGUGCGUGCGUGCGUGCGUGCGUGUGUUUUCUGUUGAGAGCAGCUUUUGUUUUCCAGCAUUUCAAUAGCAAACACUCGGGUGAACCCAUGAAUCUUGUGUGUUUUUUUAAUUACUGCCGGUGAUUGAUUUGAGAUUAAUGGAAUCAGUUUAGUUUGUUGUCACUUGUGUAGCUGUUAAAGUGACAUCAGGGGGGGAAAGUGUGAUCAGAGGGGGAAGCAGCACUUUAUCACAAAGAGAUUUUGUUCCUCCACAAGGUGGCAGUAGUCGACUGUGACUCAUUUUUUUUAUUUUUUUUUUUUAUUUGAAUGAUUCCUCAAAUCUUUCCUGAAGGUGCUUGGUGUCAAAAUCAACACUGCAGAUUUCAGGUGAACUAUUCUGACUGACUCUGAUCAAAGCAUCACUGGGAACUUUUAUUUUUUUAUUCUUCCUCUUAAGUUUGCUGCGGCACAAAUCCACAGUCCGGAAAUAAGCUGUAAUCCAUCCCUGCAUCGAAACGACAUCUGUUUGAAGGCAAUAACACUGCAGAAACUAGCUGUAACAAACUGUGCCUGCAUCAGUGACUUCAUCUAUAAUAUCUGAACUGAAGGUGCGCUCUGAUUUAAAAUCCUGCCUUCGUUUGAAAAUGCUCCCUGAAGUUACGAUUGCUUGAACUCACUUUAAUACUUAUUUUCCAUUUGUACAUACUUGUGAUGUACCAGUAUGUGUGUGUGUAUGUAAAUAUUUAUACACAUGUAUACAUUCAUUUGCGUUAUUUCAGUUAAGCACACCGAGCACAAGUUUGCGUCUUAUUUUCCUGACAAUCAGUUUUAAUUAAACAGUGAAAAACAUUUUAUUUUACUCCUCGUGUCAGUUUUUGUUCCUUCCUCCUCUCAGUGUGUGUGUGUGAGUGUGUGUGUCAGGCGAGUUUGAGUUUUGCAGCUGUGCAGACGAAUAUGGAGAGUUGAAAGUUGUCCCAUAUUUAAAAAAUUUUAAAAAGCUAACCUGCCCCCGGCAGUAUAAAAGCUCGACACCCUGGUAUGUGCUGGUUGAUGCGUGCUGAGGAGCUGCGGGUUGAUAAUGCAUGAGGACGCCUGGCAGGGGGUCCUCCUACUUUUCCUCUCGCUCGUCACUAUGACUGCCAAAACACACACACACACUCUCUCUCUCUCUCUCACACUCACACACACACACACACAUAUCAGUUCUGCCAGACGCCCUCAUGGAUUUAGUGACAUCUAUGUAUGACUGAGUAAUAUUUGCCCUGCUUUUAAGAUCUUCCACAUUUGCUUCCUUGCAGCUUCAGUGCGCUCUUGGACCGUAUGAGACAUUGGACUAAGACCUCUGCUUUAACAGCAACACACCCACGCUGAUGCGAUGAUUCAUUUCUAAGCAUGUUGUGUCUUUUUCUUGGAUAGUUUUGCAGGUAAAUCAGAACUUCCAGGGGCGGCACAUCUGGUGUUUCACUAAGAGCUGCACUGAACUACGCCUGCUCAAUAUGAGGAGAAUAUGAUGAGAAUGUAAAAUGUGGUGUGUGCAUUUGAACUGUGCACAAAAAUAAAAAGGUUGCCUCUCUCACUGACA